CACCUACGCUGCCGCUGUGACUGUGAGUCUGACAGGCAUGCAAUGAAACUAUAACCUACACGUGCUGCGCGACUGCCGGUAAAUACAUCUGCCCGUGCCCGUGUUAGCAGCGCCUAACAACCUACACCUGUCUGCCUCUAUCGACAGUUCUAGAUACCUGUGCGCUGCGCCCUGCUAGGCUCUUCGAGGGAAUGUAGCUCGACACCGCCGUCUCAAGCAUUGUUGCUCCGGCUUUUCAAAGUAUAAUAAUAACCAUAGUGUCUUCAGGAGUCAUUUUUCUUCUCAAGGACUGUUGCGAGAGGUGACGACCUUUCCGUAGUAUGAUUCUAUUUCUUUAAUUCUGAAUUAAUGGAUCCUUUAUAAUCUAAUUAAUUCACUUAUCCAGCGCUGUGCUGGGUUUGUGUUCUCUCCGCUUUUUGCGAGAGGAAAAGAGAGGGAGGGAGAAGGAAGGAGAUAGCUAGAGAGAGCAGCCCAGCGAUGAUGAGGAUGACUCGCUAUAUAUCUUACUAACAGCAUAGCUAGUAUAACACACACACAUACGAAUCCACGAGUAGAGAUCGCUUCUACAGAUUCAAAACAAGCAGCCCCCCAAUUAAACACACACACCAGCCUGCGCUACAGCCAGCUCUGCGGAGAGGGGACUCGAUAAGCGCAGAUCGCAGCAGAACACUCACCACUAAAGCAACAGUACCGUGCAGCGUGUCCGGCACAAUACCAACAAGAGACCGGGCGGCAGAACAGCCAACAACUGCUGUAAAAUAGAGAGAGAGAGAAGGGGACCAGGCAACUAGACCGCCAUGUACAUCAACACGGAGAGCCAGAGGCAAGGCACGCUGUCUCUCAGUGUGGUGCUGGUCUCUUUUGGUGUCACUGUCUGCGCCGCCUCCAUGCUCAUGCUCUGUGGAAUCUGCACCUGGUGCCAACGCAAACUGGGCAAGCACUACAAACCCAGCCUGGAGACUGCAGGGGCCCCCGACUCCAGCCGGGGCCGUGGCGAGAAGAAAGCCAUCAAUGAUCUAGACAGAGACUUUUGGAAUAACAAUGAAAGCACAGUGCACCAGAAAUGGACUUCCUACCCUUCCAAGGAGUUUCUUCUUAACAUUUCUCCUUAUGUGCCAUACGGCGACACGCGCCUGGCCCUCAAUGGUUCUCUCCCCGGGGGUGUGGAUGCCGCGGCAGGGGGGAGGGAGAGCUCAGCGGGUGGGCGGCCCGUGCGCAGUAACAGUGUGAAGAGCGUGGGCUCAGGAGCCAGCAGCCACAGCCACAGCGAAGCACAGAACGGCCGGGCUGGGAAGGCGGGCCGCUGGCAGACUGUGCAGACACACCUGCAAUCUGGCAAGCUGCGGCCAGCCAAUUUCGACGAUCCCUCUUUCUCUACUGCCUCUACUGUGGAGCACAUCUCUGGCACGCCCCCUGCUAUUUGCGGCCGGCCUCGCACCCUGGUGAGGCAGCAAAGCUUGCAGCAGCCCCUCAGCCAGCCUCCAGCCCCCUGCCCGGGAGAGCUGCCCCCCACCAGUCAGAGCCUGGGCCAGCUGCACCCCCAGCUCCCCUCCAGCAGCUCCAGCGGAGGGGAGAGGCCAGGCCGAGGGGGGGUCCCGGGCAGGCAGGGGGGGUCGGCGGGUUCCUCGCACUAUCGGACCAGCGGGGGGCGCUCUCAUUCCAACCCCGGCAGCUGGGACCACAUGAUGGGGCAGAUUCGGAACCGUGGCCUCGACAUGAAGUCCUUCCUAGAAGGCCGUAUGGUGGUUCUGUCGUUGGUUAUGGGUAUCUCAGAGCAGGAUGAUUUCGCCAACAUCCCGGACCUGCAGACUGGACCGGGUCAGCACAAUCAGAACACCCCUCCGGACAAGAGGUUACCUGGGGGGGGCAAGGCGCUGAACAGCACUGCGGUGCAGGGGCAGCUCCCCCAUGAUGAGGCAGACCGCCGAACUGAGCCACACUCCUCCGUCUCCGACCUCGCCAACUCCCUGACCAGCGAGAUGCUCAUGCUCUCCCCAGGCUCGGAGGAUGACGAUGGGCACGAGGGUCCAGGCAGGGAGAAGCUGGGUCGAAUCCAGUUCAGCGUCGGCUACAACUUCCAGGAUUCGACGCUCACAGUGAAGAUCCUGAAGGGGCAGGAGCUGCCGGCCAAGGACUUCAGCGGCACCAGCGACCCAUUCGUCAAGAUUUAUCUGCUGCCGGACAAGAAGAACAAGCUGGAGACCAAGGUGAAGAGGAAGAACCUCAACCCACACUGGAACGAGACCUUCCUGUUUGAGGGGUUCCCCUAUGAGAAGGUGGUCCAGCGGACUCUGUACCUGCAGGUUCUGGAUUAUGACCGGUUCAGUCGGAACGACCCAAUCGGGGAGGUGUCUAUCCCGCUCAACAAGGUGGACCUGGCGCACAUGCAGACCUUCUGGAAGGAGCUGAAGCCCUGCAUUGAUGGCAGUGGGAGUCGAGGGGAGCUGCUGCUGUCACUCUGCUACAACCCCACAGCCAACACCAUCACUGUGAACAUCAUCAAAGCACGCAACCUCAAAGCCAUGGACAUCGGGGGCACCUCAGACCCCUAUGUGAAGCUAUGGCUGAUGCACAAGGACAAGCGUGUUGAGAAGAAGAAGACGGUGGUGAUGAAGUGCUGCCUCAACCCAGUCUUCAACGAGUCCUUCCCCUUCGAAAUCCCCACCGAGCGACUCCGAGAGACCACCAUCAUCAUCACCGUGAUGGACAAGGACCGAUUGAGCCGUAAUGAUGUCAUCGGCAAGAUCUACCUGUCGUGGAAGAGUGGCCCGGCAGAGGUAAAGCACUGGAAGGACAUGAUAGGCCGGCCUCGCCAGGCUGUGGCACAGUGGCACCAGCUGAAAGCCUGAGGACUGCACCCCCCCCCCCCCCAUCCUCAAUCAUCCCUGUCCAUGUCCCUAUCACGAGAAAAUCACGAGGACAAAGAACGCCAGACACUCUCAACGCAAUCAGAAAAACAAGACGUGGGAUGGGAGGCUCAUUGUCAUGGCAACUCUCUAAACGGGUACAACUUAAGCCAUCCGUCAAUCAAUCAAUCAAGAGAUGUGCGGGUCCCGGGGGAGAGACGCCAGGGCCCAGGACUCUGCCAUCCCAGAUCCUUUAAAAAAACAUAAAACAAACUGAAUUGAACUGAACUGAGUGGCUGUCCAGCACUGGCAGAAAACCAUCAAUCCAUUGUGUAAUAAACAUCUCGUCUUUCUCAAGUGUAUGUGAAGUGCUGUAGCUCACGUUUCAGAGAACAAUUACACAUAACAAGAUAGCUGGUGCAUUCCUACUUACAAAGACAAUGUAUUAACAAAAUGGCAAUGCAUUCUUCCAGACUGAGGGGGGUGCUGUCUGUAAACCUACUCUCCCUGGAGGCUUGUGGUUUGUGCAGCUUCAAGAACACUGACAAUGACAACAGCAACCAUCAUAACGCCAAUACUAGUAAGAUUCGUUUGGACACCAUUCAUGAAGGAGUUGCCACCUUUCUUGAGCCAAGCUAGCAGGGUGUGUGCGGAGCAGUGGGCUGGGCCCCUCUGUACUGGGCAUGUUGGUGUGCGUGUGUGUGUGUGUGUGUGUGCAUGUGUGUGUUCCGUGUGUAAGGAUAGUAAUACAGUGCCCCAUGGGGGCACGCUCUUUCUCUCGCCACGGCUGCUGUUUAUGUGUCUUGGCGAGGUUUAUCUGCACUUUUUAAAAGACAAGAUGCAAACGUUUAAUAAUAAUAAUAAUAAUAAUAAUAAUAAUAAUAAUAAUAAUAAUAAUAAUAAUAAUAAUAAUAAUAACUGUUAAAGGGAGGGGUGUUGAUAAAGGCUUGGUCUGAACUGGGAACAGACAGAGUGGGAGUUCUCUCAGGGUUGGCACCAGUAUAAAUUUAACCUGUUCUCUGGCCAUUGCUUUGGCUGCCUUCAUCUUUAUAAGUAUUGUUUUGACUCAGUCUUUCCUCGAUGUUGGUUUGUGUCUGUGACGGACAUUGUGUCUCUCUGGCCUGUCCUCGUGGGUCAGGAUAAAGCUUCCCUCGUGGGUCAGGAUAAAGCUUCCCUCGUGGGUCAGGAUAAAGCUUCCCUCGUGGGUCAGGAUAAAGCUUCCCUCGUGGGUCAGGAUAAAGCUUCCCUCGUGGGUCAGGAUAAAGCUUCCCUCGUGGGUCAGGAUAAAGCUUCCCUCCUGCGUCAGGAUAAAACUUCCCUCGUGGGCCAGGAUAAAGCUUCCCUCGUGCGUCAGAAUAAAAGCUUCCCUCAUGCAUCAGGAUAAAAGCUUUCCUCAUGGGUCAGGAUAAAACUUCCUUCAUGUUUUUUGAGGUGUUUCAUCAGAGAUUACACCAUGCCCAUGACUACAGGACGCAUUGCUAAGGAAAGUCAAAUGAAAAUGAUCUCAUAUAGAAGAAAUGGUAAAUGAUGGUUUCAUAGUUCCUGUAGUUUAAUCACGCUGGUUCUCUAUUGAUAACACAGUCACACUUACUGAUCGAUACUCAAUUACGGGUGCCGCACUGUGUUGUGUGGAGCCAGGAGCCCUGUUCUGUUCAUGAAUGAAUACCUCGCAGCUUCUUCAAGGUAAUUACAGGGAGAAUGCAUGUAUUGCAUGGCCCUAAUUCAUGCUGACUAAGUUUAGACUUUGUUCGAUAUUUGAUUUCAGUGAAAUAUUGUUUCUUCCGGUUCCAAUGCGUCUCUUCAGAGUCAGUCAGAGUCGUGCGAAAAAUGAGAAGCAGCCAAGAAAAAAAACAGCAGCAGCAGCCAAAAGACAUUGAAACCUGAACGAAACACACACAGCUUCACUCAUUCCAUUUAUUAUUAUUAUUAUUAUUAUUGGUAGUAAUAGUAUUGGUAUUAUUAUGAUUAUUAUUAUUAUUGGUAGUAGUAUUAAUGGUAUUUGUAGUAUUAUUAUUAUUAUUAGUAGUAGUAUAUUUGUACAAGCCUUCUUAUUGUACAGUGGGGUUGAAACAUUACAUUCACAUUCACACAAACAGAAAACCCGGCUUCAUUCUCUUUGCACAACGACGCGCUGGCGCUCCAUGACGCAGCCACAGCCUGCAGAGAUCUGCUUUGAGCAGAGAACACGCCUGAGCUGCGGGAAGGGAAGGUCCUUCCUGUCAAAGAUGCACGUGUAGCUGAUAAUGCUUCACAACCAGCCGUCAGUUUUAAUCUGGUCCUUUACAGCGACCCCCUGGCUCUGCGGCCUUUCGGUGGACACACAUGGAUUACUGCAGUGGAUAAAUCCACAGUUCAAACCGCAUUCCUAUAGUUAGCUCUCAAUACCUCCUAAUGGGGACUGAGCUGAAUCGCAGGAGAUGUAUGGCAAAGCUUUGACUGGAGCAAUCCCUCUCUGCCGGUGGAGCCUCUAGAGCAGGGCUCUCCAACCCUGGUCCUGGAGAGCCCCUAUCCAGCUGGUUUUAUAGGUGUCUUUACAUCAUCAA